GUUGUGGUUUGUCUCCACGCUGCAAGUCUCACCAGUGCAGAGUAGGACAGAUGGCCAAUGAUCAUCACACAAAACGAUCCCCGUCCAUAAACCCAGAAAGACUCAAAGACUUUGGGGAGGAAGAAUAUCUAAAUGGAGAUAUUAAAACCUGGGAGAUGAAGGUUGUAGGCUGCUCAGAGACUCUGUUAGAGAAUGCCCAUGAUCCCACCUAUCAAUCUGCUAACCAAAGUACUUCCCAGAGCAUUAGUGGGCUCCUCCGAUUUGAAGACAUCAGUGCCGCAGCCUUCAAAAUCCAUUGUGGAGUCCAGAAAACACCUUGCUUGUAUUCCAGGCUAUCAAAACAGUAUGGGAUGGACAUGUACCUGAAGAAAGAGUACCUUCAUUAUACUGGGACAGUGAAAGAGCGAGGGGUCCUUUAUCUCUUGACAGCCUUACGUCAGGACCAGCAGAGAAAGGGUGUCAUUGUGGCAUCUGACAGUAACUUUGCCAUGGCUGUGGCCUAUCAUGCAACCGAACUCCACAUCCCAAUUUUUGUCAUCAUGUCUACCAACACAUGUCCAAUGCGAGGGAAGAUGUGCCGGGAGUAUGGUGCCAUGGUCAUCUUGUACGGCACAACAGAGAAGGAAACCCAGAGCCAUGCAAGGAGACUUGCCAAAGAAAACUGCUAUCUCUAUCUAGAAGAAGAGGACAGUGCUCUGUACUUGGCAGGGCUGGGCACAUUGGGACUGGAAAUCUAUGAGCAAGUACCGAAACUCGAUGCCGUGAUCUUUCCUGCUGGGGCUCACUGCGGUCUUCUUGCAGGAUCAGCUGCUGCACUAAAGCAUCUCAAUCCACACAUCACCGUGAUUGGAGUAGAACCUGAGAGUUUUCCCAUUCUCCAACAAUCCCUGAAGAUGGGCAAGCCAGUCACAGAUCUUGUUUGUAGCAACCAACGAUUUUAUGGAGAUCUUGUGGCUUCCUCACUUGGUACAAACGCCUUUCAUCUAACCAAGAAACUCGUAGACAAAGUUCUUACUGUGAGGGAUGAGGAGCUCCUGCUUGCCAUGCUACGAUUCUUGGAGUAUGAAAGAGCUACUGUGGAUGCAGAAGGAGCUGUUGGACUUGCAGCUGUGCUGGCUGGUAAACUGCCAGAGCUGAAAGGCAAAAAGGUUGCUAUAGCCAUAUGCAGUGCUAACAUGGAUCUCCCCACGUUGCAUCAGUGUGUGGACCGUGGACUGACUCUCGACCACAGGGUAUGCAAGUUCAUUGUCCAGCUACCAGAUGGUUCUACGGAAUUGAGUAAACUGGUGGAGCUGCUUUCACGGGAGGAGGCAAGAGCUCAGGAAAUUCAACAGGAACAUUUGUUUGUUACUUCUGAUCUCUUCACUGUUAAGGUGACAUGCACUGUAGCAACUCGAGAAAAAGGUCACGCCACUCAAGUGAGAAACGCACUGACAGAACGCUAUCCGGGAAUAAUAUGGUUGGAACGGUGAAGCAAUCAGAAAGUGAAGGCUCUAAUGUACGACUCUGGGAAGAAGCAUAACAGCCCUUUUAAGGAGUGCACGCUAUAGUGCUUAUGUGACAGCACACAUCCAAUCAGUGCACCAACUGAAAUAACUUAGGAGAUUGUCUUCCUAUUCAGAAAUGACACAAUACAAAAUAGAUUUUCAAUUCUCUACCUUGUCUGUCAUUGCAUACCAUAUAUAUUCACUGAUGUCUUCAGAAAUGAGAUGCAACAAUUUACACCAAAAUUUGGGAACCCACAAACUUUAAUGUCAAAUAUCCUCUUGAAUGUCAUAUUACGUUUCUGUAAAACGGUGUUUCUGGUUAAUAUAAACUGAUGCAACCUUUAAGUAAAUAAAAAUAAACAAAAGGGCCAUUAUUUUGACUGUCAUUCCCAUAGGCUACCACCUUUCACGUACUCAGGGCAGCACAGCAGUUCAGGGGUGAGGUUUCUCCUCAUAGUUCAAUCCUGACCUCCUUUCAGUGUACCUGUGUGGUGUCUAUAUGUUCUCCACAUCUCUGUGGAUGUUCCAUAUCCCUCCCCUCCUCCAUGAAACAUGCAGAUUUAUUAGAUACUUAGUCUAAAUUGUUGAUAUAAACUGUAUUUUCCCUUGCCAGUGUGACCACUAUUAUAUCUAGUUGUAAACAUUUGCUUUUUAUCAAGAUAGUGCAAAAUAAACUGUCAAGAAAAUAUUUAGCAAUGUAAAUGGGUCAAAGGUUACUGGAUAUGCAAUAAAUUUCAAUAAAU